CCCGGACCCACAAGGGCAUGUGCGUGCGGAAGGGAGAUUGUAUGUGUCCGAGGAAGGGUGACGGGAGUUCGGAGUCCGUUUGGCAUCAGGGGAAGACCCAUUGAGAAUGUUUGGAGGGGCAUGGCAGUUAGUGUGGCGGGCAAGGUUCGAAUUCGCGGACCCGGAACUUGAUGACGUGACCGCCAACCUUAGAGUAGCCAUGGUCGGAAGCUUCGAACUGCCCAGUGAAAACGUUCGGAUGAGAUUGCCGCCAUUCUUGCUGGAAAGGUUAGGCGGGGUGGAGCUUGUCAGGAGGGCUGUGGCCGACCUUGCCAGCGUGGCGUUUGAGGAUGCAAUGGUUCACCAAGAGUAUUACCGGGCCUUUCUAGAAAUGGGGUCAUUCAACGGCGAGCAGAGGUAUGAGGUGCUGCGGAUCCUGCAAGCUGUGCUUACCACCAGGCCAAGGGCUCCGGUCGUAGGCAGUGAGGUUCUGUGGGGCGUCGUCCGACGAAAAGUAAGGCGGGGAGUGAUGUACAUAGACGACCUAUAUCGACUGUAUGAGGCAACGGAGGUAGGAACAGACUGGGUAGGUAAAGGGAUGGCGUCGGAAGAGGAGGCUGAGGAACUGCGAAGCAAAGGAAGUCAGGGCACGGGUAGGGGUACGGAACGAAACGAGGCAUCAGUAAAGGAUCGAGAAUCAGCGAAACCAGAGGGAAUCAGGGAUGAUGGGAAGGACCUUUCGACAGGCGAAAGUUCGGGGAAAGUCGGGGGUAGCAAAAGAGGACCUCAUAAAAAUAGGGAAGGGGGGGACAAUGGAAGAUCGAGUCCUCGAAACUUAGAAGGGACCAUGCCCAAGAAAACGAAGGUCUCGGACGCCCGCCGUAAGCUGGCAGAGAUAGAAAAGCGAACCGCAGAAUAUAAAGCGAGGCUUAUGGAAGAAAUGAUGGCUGGGAAUGAAAAGGACUCCCUGGGUGAAGGGUCGCGAGAGGAACGCAGGGUCAGCCAGGGCAAAAUCAGGCACGGAGAGAAGGAUAACAAUCAUAAGGGAACGCGCGACAAGAAAGGGAAAGAAAAGGGGGACGCUCCGGCUGUAGAGGCAGAAAAGGCUACAACCCCGCCUGCCAUGGACAGCGGGGCUAGCCGCCUGCCCGCCACACCGAAAGUAGCAAAGGGUUGCGACGGACUUUGGAGUCUCAGAGAAAGGGUGCUAGGAUGGUUCGAUCCGGAGGGUACGCCAAAGGCUGGGGAAAAGUGGGGGGAUAGCAAGGAAGGAGAAGGGACCAGUCCAGCUGGGGAAGAACGUAGCUCUGAGGGACACCUUAAGAAAAUAGUAGCUACCCUCACCCGGACUCUGAAUAAGAAUCAGGGGUAUCUAGCCGAUGCCAAGAAGAAACUCACUUUUGAUGGGGCGAACAUUACGGAGUUCCUGAUAGACUAUGAGAACCUGGCAGCCUUGUUAAAAUGGAGUGAGGAAGAGAAGAUGGACCACCUGGGGCAGCAUGUAUCACUGAGUCUGGGUAGAGACAUUAUGGCCAUCGUCGCCACUAGUAAAUCUUGGGAGGAAACCGAGAACGAGAUGAGGAAAUACCUAAAGGUGGAGAAGAUGGCAACGGAAGCCGGGUUGGCGGCAGUCCAAAGGAAGAUUUAUGUGACUUACAAUGACUUCCUAAGGGCCUUUACUCUAGUCGCACUACGAAUUCCUGGGAGAGAGCUCGUAAAUUGGAAUUCGCCAGGAGGGAUGCGGCGUGCCGUCAUCGUCCUAAAUAACUUGGAUAUAGCCGCCGUAGAAGCAGAGCCGGUAACCGAUAUUGUCUGGGACCAACCGAGGGGACGUGGGCCACAGGCCAAUUUCAUCCUAGAAGGCAAUGGGCAGGAUAGGGUAAACAUCACCACCCGACGGGCCGGUGCGGAAAAAAAGUUUAUUCAAGACACAGUAAUGGAAGAAGUCGCUAAGACUAGCGCAGAUCAGAAACAAACCGAGGGCGAGGAGCCAGAAAAGGUUUACGGAAAGCCAAGGGAAAAAGAACCGAUAGACAAAGUUGCGACGGCUAAGAAGCAGUUCCGGUACCAAAUCCCGAUCCUGACUUCGCCUGAAAUCGAUGGCACCCUGAGUAAGCUGCUGGCUACCAUGGUUUCGGUGUCCUUCCAGACCAUGCUGCAAGCCAGCCUGAGACUGCUUAAAGGACUCAGGCAACUGCUAAUGCGCAAGCGCGUAGAAGUAGAGGAGGUUCCGGAACCACAGGAGCAGGAAACAGAAGAGCCCGAGGGCCCGCAAGGGGUCUCCAACCUCCAACGAAUUUCCGGAGAUCUGGAGGACCUGGAAAAGGCCUUUGCAGACAUCCGCCUAAGCCUACCGAACCGAGAAGGGGGUGAAGUUAUGAGGGCACCACCCGGGACGAAGCUUAGCUUCCAUGCAUUGCCCGUAGGGAAGCUGAAAAUCCGAAUCGGGAUCCACCACACAGACGCAUUAGUGGACGGUGGUGCGGAAAUUACCCUCAUACGACGAGAUUUUGCAACAAUUUUCGGCUGCACCGUAAACAAGGAAGUGACGGGGAGUAUCCGAGGAGCUGGCGGAGAGAUUCCCUUUGCAGGAUACGUUACGAAAUGCGCAGUUAGGGCGGGGAUCAGGGAGUCGAUCUGGUCCUUUCAGCGGAUGAUCGUCAUGGAAGAGAUGGACCAUGACAGUAUUCUCGGAAGACCAUGGUGCGCCAACGUCGAAAUGAUAGGUAUGCACCUGCACGAUGGCACAUACAUGGUGGUUAUAGAGAACCCCGUGAUCGGCCGCGGGGAACUCCUCCGACUCCUUGGGACCAGAGGGGAUCCGCCAAAAGGCAUAUUGGCAUCUUGGUCACCGACGUUCCAGGAGAGUGCGCGAAAAGGGGCAUUCGCGCGAAUGGAAGGAAAAUUGUAUGAAGGAUUUGAUCACAGUUUGGUUAUGAACAGAGGGGGCAGAAAGCAAGGGACCAGGGGACCGUCGCCACUGACAGAAGGAAAGUCGAUCGUCCUCCCCUCUGAAAGCGACACCAGCAGUGAGGAAGAGAGGAACCCAGGGAAAAGGCAAAGGUUGGAGGAGGAGGAGACUAUUGAGGUCAUAGACCUCAGCAGCGGGGAAGAAGAGGAUGAGGUGACAACUCCCACCAGGGAAGAACGGGGAAGGGAGGAGAAUUCAGGGAAAGAAAAGGACAAAUGGAAAGAAGAGUUCGGGCCAACCUUCAGCAUUGGUUUGAUCAAUGGGGCGCUAUCUUACGAUACCAAUGGGCGAUGAAGGGCGGGGAAAAGCUGAGUAGGGGAGAGGACUUAUCCCCGACGACCUUCUCUUUGGAAGGGACGCUCCUUCAGUUACAGGGAGUAAGGAGACAAAUGCAGCAGGAAAUAGAGGAUCGAGCAAGAAGGGAGGCUCGGCGUGGGGCAACUGGACAGUAAAGGGGACGGUAGGAAUAAUGGGGGGCUAGCUAGAAAUUGGGGAGGGUUGGUACCUGGGCAGUCGGAAAUGUCAUUUUGAACUUCGCACUUGAGCUCAUUUUUGAAUGAAUUGAGAUGGGAUAA